UUUAAUCUCUUUCACUCAUUGGAUCGAAAUCUUUUUCAGUGACUUUUUUUUUGAGUUUCUGUACACCCCAUUCAAAAAGUCGUGGGAUACUUUAUUUGUCAUGACCCCGCUCAUAAUAACAAUUAAAAUUAAAACGCGCACACACAUAUACCACAAAGCGUUUCUUUAAUGUCUAAAAUCAACAUUCUGAACAAGGAAGGGGAAACCAUUGUCGGUAUACUCGAAAAAAAAGAGUUGCUUGACGUGGAACAGUCCCAACCUAGACUCGUUUUGAUUACCCAUGGCGUUUUAGGCCAUAAAGAUUACUUGUACCAUCGCCUCCUAGCAGAGAAAUUACCUUAUUCUUCAUUUCGCUUUGAUUUUAGAGGUAAUGGAGAAAGUACAGGCCAGCCUGGUUAUGCAAACAUUCUCGAAGAUACAGAGGAUAUUCAUACCGUGGCAAACUACUUUGAAGACCAAGGCUACGAAAUAUUUGCCGUCAUUGGUCAUUCAAGAGGUUCAGUGGCUGGAUUGAAAUUCGCCACUACAGUGGAGAAACCUUUGCCUUUCUUUGUGAAUGUAUCAGGACGGUUCAAAAUGAAUGAUAAUCAGAUCCAUCGCAAUCGACCUCAGAUUGGCGAAGGCUUGCGAAAAGAUGGUUAUUUUGAUUGGCGCGUCAAACAACGGGAUCGUAUUGCUACGAUUAAAGUCACUCAAAAGGAAGUUGAUAAAUUUAUUAAUUGGUCAAAUGAACAUGUGUCGAGAAUGCCAAUGUCAACUUGUGUCUUGACAUGCCAUGGAUUAAAUGAUACGAUUGUACCCCCUUAUAAUGCUGCCAUGUUUGCAAAUAAGAUUCCAAAUCAUACACUGGCCUUGAUUCCUGAAGCCGAUCACAAUUUUAAAGGCCACUUUGAACAGCUCACAGAUACAAUUCUGGCCUUUUUUGAUAAGCAUGAAAGCGACAGUCAUGCUCGUGCAUUGGCCAUGGGCCAAAACACAAGUCUUGUAAUGCCACGUUGGAUUGAUAUCGAAGGUGUCAAUAACUUUCGUGAUAUUGGUGGCUGGCCAUUAAAGGAUGGUAGUGGUUAUAUACGUGAACGCAUUGUAUUUCGAUCAGGACAUUUAUCCAAUUUAUCCUCCAAAGGUUGUGCUAGACUCAAUGAAUUAAACAUCAGGGCCACUUUCGAUUUUAGAUUGAAACAUGAAAUACAAAGAGACGGCGCAAUGAAAACAAUACCGGGUAUUACUCGAUUUGAAUAUGAUCUUUAUGGCGAAUCCGUGAAAUCCAUGGGUGAUUAUUUUAAGAAACUUAAAGUUUUUCUGGAUGGAGAAGAAGGAUUUGCUCAAGGAUACAAGGUCAUUUUAGAAUCUGGCAAAAAAUUGAUUGGAGAUGUCUUUCGAUACAUGAUUGGAACAUUGUCUAUUUAUAAACGUGAUGCGAUUGUGAUUCAUUGUACAGCUGGAAAAGAUCGUACUGGCGUCUUUAUCAUGGUGCUUUUAGGCUUAUGUGGUGUCGAUGAUGAAAUCAUUGCCAACGAAUACGAAUUAUCCAACCUCGGUUAUUUUGAUUAUGAAAACGACUUGGAAGCGAGAGCCCAAAAAGUGGGUGUCACGGUCAGUGAUAUGCGAUCUGCGUUAUCAGCAAGGUUAGAUCCCAGAAGCAUUCUUUUUUAUACACAUGUGGCUAAAUUUCUCUUUUUUUUCUCAACAGUAUCGGUGGAAUGAGAUUAACUAUUCAACAAUUAAAAGAAACAUACGGUUCAUUUGAAGGUUAUGCUCAGGAAGCUUGUGGAUUGACCAGCGCCGAAAUUAAUCUAAUUCGAGAAAUAAUGACAGUACCUAUCCGAUUUGAAGAACGUCAAUUAUAUAGACCCAAGAUAUAAUAAAUGAAAUAAUAAUAAUAAUAAAAAAAAAGAGAGGGGGGG